AUGUCAAGUGUUCGAACGAGACGGCAGGCUGCUGCGAUAUCUACUCCGGCUACUCCGACGCCAGAACCAAGAGAUCAGAUCAUCAUGAAUGGGAAUGGAGCAGCUUCGGAUGGGGAGGGAAAGGAGCUUCAUCCCCAGGAGAACAUCUUUCUUUUUUGGCCGAAUGUUAUAGGCUAUUUUAGAAUUGUGCUCGCUUUUGCUUCCUUAUAUUACAUGCCACUACACCCUCGAACCUGCUCAAUACUCUACUCGGUAUCUUGUCUUCUGGACGCCCUGGACGGUUAUGCUGCUCGCGCAUUCGAACAAUCGACUCGUUUUGGAGCUGUUCUUGAUAUGGUUACGGACCGAUGUACAACAGCUUGCUUACUGGUUUUCCUUUCCUCCGCCUGGCCACGAUGGGCACUUGUUUUCCAGGGACUGAUCUCUUUGGAUCUCGCCAGCCAUUAUAUUCAUAUGUAUGCGACUUUGAGCAUGAGUGGUGGUGAUGCCAGUCACAAGAAGGUCGAUAAGUCCAGAAGCUGGAUUUUGAAUUUGUAUUACACCAACAAGACGGUGUUGUUCCUCUUCUGCAUGUUCAAUGAGGUCUUCUUCAUCGCCCUAUACCUCCUCUCCUUCUCCUCGCCCUUCCUCUCACCUCAAUUAUUAGAGGUCAAAAAAGCCGGCGAUGCCGCAUCCACCCUCCAACCCGGCAACCCAGCAGUUCCUCCUUCCUCCCUCAUCUUCGCCAAUCCACAUAGUGCCGCUGCAUUGGAAUAUGCACGAUCAAACAAGAUGGAUUCCACGAUCCCUUGGAUCAUUGCUGGAAUUAGUCUCCCGAUCAUGGCGGGCAAGCAAUUCAUCAAUGUCAUUCAAUUAGUCAAAGCUAGCAAGUGGUUGGCUGAGGGUGAUCUCGAAAUGAGGAGAAUCGCUGGUCUACCAAGGAAGAACAAAAUGAAGUAA